CGCUAAUCUACAAUAAUAUUAUCAAAACAUGUUUUCUAUAAAAAAAAUAAUCACAAUCUUAUCUAACUAAUCUUUGUUUUAUUCCAUAAACAUACAUUAAUCUAAUUUUUACAAAUACAAAAUGUGCAUCACCUAACAGUUUAUAAACUCCAACAGUCUUUUCAUUAUUUCCCCAUUCCACAAUAAUGACAAACUACGGCGCCAUUCCGACGUCGUCUCACGGCUCACCGGUGGUAGACCUCGACUCAAUCUCACGCGUCAAGCAACACAUCAAAGACGGACUCGCCACGCGCCGACCAUGGAGAGUGAUGUUCGACUUCCACUCCAUGACGCUCCCACGCAGCCUCUCAGACGCUUUCUCAAGAAUCAAGAACAACCUCGUCUACUUCCAGACAAACUACGCGAUCGUCUUCUUGGUCGUGAUCUUCUUAAGUCUUAUCAAGCAUCCGACAUCGCUUAUUGUGUUGACCGUGUUGGUCUUUGUCUGGAUCUUUCUCUACUUUCUCCGUGACGAGCCUAUCAAGUUGUUUAGUUAUCAGGUUGAUGAUAAGUAUGUGUUGGUUUGUUUAUCGGUGGUAACUAUUGUUUUGUUGUUUUUGACCAACGCGACAGUUAAUAUAGCUGUUGCGUUGUUGGUCGGAGCUGUGUUGGUUUUGAUCCAUGCGGUUGUUAGGAAGACGGAGGAUCUUUUCUUGGAUGAAGAGGCGGCGAUGGCUGAGACUCUUGGCUGA